CCGCCGUGCGCCCGGCGGGGCGGUGGUGCUGAUCACAGGUGAAUCCCAGCACCGCGGUGGUUUUCCAGAGGUGGGGCUGUAUCGCCGGUAUCUGCUCGCGUUUACUAUUGUUGCCCGUCCAGAGUUCUAGAGAUCCAGCGCCUCUGUCCGCGGAUGAUCUGCUGCCGCUGGCCGGCAGUCGACAUGUAUAAAAGGACAGGCGAGGGCGGUCGAGUGCCGUUCUUGUUUGGAUAUCCGCAUCGCCCGGCACCAUCUCAAUUGUCUGCGGAGGCUGGUUCCUCUCGCUCAGUGCAACGCAUCCAUCCUCCCCAACCAGCCCAACCAGCCGUUGAUCGGCUUGACAAUUUCCGGUUUCAUCUUCUCUUCCAACCGCAUCGAAAUCACACUUCGUUAGUUUGCUGCCCUCUUAGCCAUGGUGCACGAAGACGACCGCAUCCACCCUGACGGGCACCCGCCACAAGAGCCCGCCACCUUCGAGGAAGUCAAGAAGAACCUCGAAGUGCAAGUCAACUACGAAGGUGUCGACGCCGAAAAGAAAGAGAAUCCGGAUCUCGCUCAGCCCGAGGUAGUGCAUCCCACUGACGAGAAGAAGGGAUUCCACGAUGGCGAGAGCGCCACCGCCGAUUUCGAGGCGCUGCACCACGGCGAGUCCGACCCGGACGAUCUGUGGAGUUUCCUGCCCAUGUUGAAGAAGACCAUCCCUAUCGACAAGCACCCCAAUGCGCCUAUCGUGACAUGGCGUUCCAUCUUCCUCGGUCUCGCGCUGUCCGUGUUCGGUGCCGUGCUGGGACAGAUCUUCCAGUUCAAGCCGCAGACGCUCACCAUCUCGUCCAUGUUCGUCGCCGUCAUUUCCUUCAUCUUCGGCAAGUCGUUUGAGAGGUUCGGUGCGGCGGUCAAGAGGAGGUACCCUGGGGCCCCCAACUGGAUCGACCCCGGUGUCUUCUCGUUGAAGGAACACGCUAUGGUUGUCGUCAUGGCUCGUACCGCCAGUUCCAGUGCCUUCGCCACCGACCUGCUCGCUGCGAUGCACAUGUUCUACGACGUUCCCGUCCCGGUCGGCCAAUCCCUUCUCCUUCUGCUCUCCACCCAAUUGCUCGGGUACGGUCUUGCCGGUCUCUUCCGGUCCUUCCUCGUUGAGCCCAAGUACCUCUACUACCCCGACCGUCUCCCCGAUGUCGCGCUUUUCGGCACCCUGCACAAGUCCGACAUCACGGCCGGAAAGGGUAUCCGCUUCUUCUGGAUGGUGUUUGGCGCCAUCUUCGUGUGGACAUGGUUCCCCCAGUACAUCAUGCCCUGGAUUGCUGGUGUCUCCGUGUUCUGCCUCGCCGCGCCCAACAGCUCCUUCGUCACGCGUCUCUUCGGUGGUGCGUCCAACAACGAAGGCCUCGGUCUCCUCUCCCUGUCCUUCGAUUGGAACGCCAUCUCCGUGUACUCGCCCCUCUGGUACCCCCUUGAGACCCAGCUCAACAUGUACAUCGGUCUCAUCAUCUGCUGGUUCAUCUUCAUGGGUGGGUUCUACAGCAACCUGUGGGGCGGUCGCAACCUGCCCUUCAUGGGUCAAGAUCUCUUCUACGCCAACGGUACUGUGUACGACCAAUCGCUCAUUCUCGAUGAGAAUUACCACUUGAUCGAGGAGAAGGUUGCUGAGGUCGGCACGCCGUACUACACCACCACUUACGCUCUCUACCUUGUCGGUGCCAACUUGGGUAUCACCGCAUCCAUCACCCACGUCGCCCUGUACUACGGCAAGACCAUCUGGCACGCAAUGAAGGCCCACAGCGGCACUGACGAGUACGUCGCCAAGGUCAAGCGCGAGCACGGAGACGUCCCCUUGUGGCAGUACCUCACUCUCUUCGCGGCCGCUUUCAUUGCUGGCCUGGUCCUCGUGUACACCACCGAGACCGGCUUGUCGUGGUGGUCGUACAUCCUGGCUAUCCUCAUUGGAUGCGUGUUGACCAUCGUCAUCGGUAUCUUCCUCGGCGCUACCGGUUUCGGUGUGCCCACCCAAGGUCUCGUGCAGUUGAUCGCCGGUUACGUGAUCCCCGGUAGCCCCGUCGCCAACAUGUACUUCUCGACAUACGGAUACCUCGUGCCCAAGCAAGCCAGGUCCCUGUUGGCCGAUCUCAAGUUCUCCGCGUAUCUGAACAUCCCCUUCCAGCAAAUGUUCUACUGGCAAACCGCUGGUGCCGUCAUCGGAUGCAUCUGCAACUACGCCAUCCAGGUUCAGAUCCUCAACACCAAGAUGGAGAUCCUCAGGGAUCCCGAGGGUUCCAACUUGUGGUCCGGUCAAGGUCCCCAGGGUUUCAACGCCGAGUCCGUGACAUGGGGUGCUUUCACCAGCUACCUGUACGCGCCCGGCAAGUUGUACUUCCCCAUUGCCUAUGCCUUCCUUAUCGGUUUCGCCCUUCCCGUUCCAUUCUGGUUGUUGCACAAGAAGUUCCCUACCCACGGAUGGAACCGCAUCAACACCGGAAUCAUCUGCUGGUUCAUUGGCAACUUGUGUGUCGGAGUCAACACCGGAACCACGAUGAUGAUGAUCAUCGCCUUCGUUACCCAGUUCUACGUGCGCAAGUACCACAACGACUGGUUCUCCAAGCACAACUACCUCCUCAGUGCCGGUCUCGAUGCCGGUACCCAAGUGCAAGUGCUCGUGCAAACCUUCACCGUUGCUGGAGUGUCCGGCACAGAAUACCCAUUCCCCAACUGGUGGGGCAACCCAAGCAAGAAACUCGACGGUCUGUUCGUCGACCGCUGCGGUACCAACGCAUUGGGCGAGUAAAGAGGGAAAUAGGGAUGAUGAUCGCUUUCGGGGCCGGCCUUCACUUAAAUACCUUUUGUACAGUAAUAUCCCCUCAUAGUACAUACAUGAAUACAUUUCAUACCCUGAUGAUACAUAUGAUCGCCUUCUCUGUCGACUUCCAUGGUUGAGACCAUCCGUCCGUCCACCCUUUGAAUUGAUGCAUUGCGCAGCGCAUCUCCCACGUACGAGUUCAAGAAGCGGAUGUUACGGCGAAACUGGCCGACCUUGUCGUCGUUGUCGUUAUGGUUGUGGUUGUCGGUUUCCCAACUUGGCCUUCAAAACUCAAGACAGAAGGACGCGUAUGCCGUGCGACCUAUGCGCUUUGAACCGCCGAAAGUACUGUAUAUAUCUGGCAGCAGACGACUUUGGAAAUGCAACGGUGUAAAAAAGGGGAGGUGGGUGAGCAUGCCCUACGGGAUUUGUGUCUGCG